AUGGAUACGGAAGCAUUGGCCAAUUAUUUGCUACGGCAGCUUAGUUUAGAUGCGGAGGAGAAUAAGCUAGAAGAUCUUCUCCAACGGCAAAAUGAAGAUCAAGAGUCUAGUCAAGAAUAUAACAAGAAAUUAUUAUUGGCAUGUGGAUUUCAGGCCAUUUUAAGAAAAAUUCUGCUGGAUGCUAGAACAAGGGCAACUGCAGAAGGUUUGAGGGAAGUAUAUCCUUAUCAUAUUGAAGCUGCAACGCAGGCUUUUCUGGAUAGUCAAUGA